UAUUUAUUUCAUAUAUAUUAUUUAUUUUUAAUAACAGUAUGUCUUUUGAAGAAUGGAAAUUAAAAUCCGUACGGUAAUUUGUAUAGUUUAUACGACGCUUUAUGGGACUGCAUUCGCAUAGUAUCGAACAUUUAUUUAUUUAUUUUGAAUUUUCCAUAAUAUCGAAAUUGUUUUGACUUUUGCUUUUUGAAUGGGAUUAAAAAAAAUUAAGAUGCAAACCAAAUAUUCUGUGGAGCAACGUAUAAUUGCAAGUAUCAACUCAGAAAUUGGCGAUGGUUGCAAGAAACUUCAUCAUGCUGCUGUUUUGGCGAAUAAGUACUAUGCUUCUAUAAAAGGAUUAAAAGAAAGAUUGGGCAGUGAGUACGACGAUGAAUUGAGACCCUCAGAUAUUAGAACGGCACUGCAAAACCAAGGAACAGUGAGUCAAAGCCUUGAGUUCCAAAAAGAAAAACUUUGUCAUUUCGAAAAUCAAUUGGUGGCAAAAACUAGAGAUUCGGAUAGAGCGCUUAGUCAGAUAUUAAACGAAUUAAAAAAAGUGCGGAAGCUACAGCAUUUGACGCAAUAUUUAAAACUUGUUCAAGAUAUACAGUUGAUCAGCCAGAGUCUUAAUAGUGCUAUCAAUGGAAAGGACGAGGCUAAAAUGGUCAAUAUAUAUCUAACGCUAUUUGAAAAUAAUGAUUGUGAGAAUAGUAUCAUUGGCCGAUUAUGUGACAUUGAAGCUCAUUACCUUAAAGUAUAUGCUAUAGAAACGGCUACCUACUGGCACAAAGUUCUCAGUGAUAAAUUUGCAAGUGAGCUGGAGUUUGUCUUAAAGUCAAUGCGUUGGGGUUAUAAAGAAUAUGAUUCACUGACGUUUUCACCAACACGAGAUAGCAUUAUCAAAGCUCAGCUGUUAGCCGAAUAUUUAUUUUUAAUAAAGUCACCGACCGAAGAGACUGAACCACUGGAAUUGAUCACACCAAGCAUAACUUGCCCAAUAGUUAGCACUGUUACAAAGCUGUUACUGGCUCCAUAUAGACAAAGAUUCCAAUAUCACUUUACUGGUGUGCGGCAAACAAAUCGUUUGGACAAACCAGAAUGGUUCUUUACACAAAUACUUAAUUGGAGCAAAGAGGGUCAUCUCUUCGUUGGACAGACUUUUCAACCAGCAGCAGUAAAAGCUGGCAAACUUAAUUACAAUAUACGUUUAGAAUUCAUUCGUGGCCUCGUACAAUUGAUAAUUGAAAAACUUUCUGCCGAUAUUGAGGAAAUAUGCCAGGACGAACUUCUAUUUGCUCAUCUGCUGGACGAGACUUUAGCUUUCGAGGCUGAGCUUCGAGGGACUUUUGGAUACCCAAGUAGUUUUCCCAGUGUGAUAAGCGUUGUAACUCAACCAAUUUAUUUGCUGAAGUGGAUUUCGCUUGAAGAGCGUUUUUGCGCAGAGAAAAUGGAUCUUAUAUUACAUGGUGAUAGUCCUUGGAUGCGUAUUGACCCUAACUUUUACGAUAACGAUUUAAAAAUUCCCAAAUGCGCUGAUCAAUUCAUACGCCUGCUUGAAGCUAUAAAGGAUCGGUAUUACACGCUUAUUCAACCAGGCCAGCAAUUACAAUUUCUUUCGCUUCAAUUAGAACUCAUAGAAAAUUUCCGACGGCGCCUCGUGCAACUUUAUAGCAGUGGGGAGGUUGAAAUCAUAUCCAUUUUGAAUGCUAUCAAUUACUUAGCGUUGGUACUGCGUGAAUGGGGUGAAAAUGUUCAUUAUUUGCAUUUGCAUGUUGCGCUAGUAGGCCCGCAUUCAACUGAAAUUCAGUCAGUGUUUGAUCAACCAGUCAAUGAGCUAGAACACUGGAUACAUAAGCUUAUUGAAAGUUUAGCGACGAGGGCGGUAAGUGAAAUAAAAGCAAAAUCCAUGCCUUAUCGGCAUGACUGUUGGUCCAGCUUACCAGACCAGAGUUCCAAAGAGCCUUUCAUUUUAUCUUCCAGUGCAGGGGAGAUGUUUCAGGUGAUGGUAACAACACUUCACAAUAUGGAGCGUGAACUAUCAUUAAACCUCUUUAAUCUUACACUGCGAAUGAUUUCCAAUCAACUAGAUGGCUUCCUAUUUGACAGUCUUGUUAUGAAUAAUAAAUUUUCACCAGCAGGCGCAGCGCAAUUUAAUUACGACAUGACCCGUAAUCUGUUCGCGCUGUUUGGACAAUAUUGUCGACGACCAGAUUUGCUUUUCAAAAAAGUUCACGAUUCGAAGAAGUUGCUGAAUACAGCACGUGGGACUGCAUUGUUGUUACUCGAAACGCUAAAGGCCGAUACAACUCUAGAGCAAAAGCUAAACGUUCUAAAGGACUUAGGCAUCGUUAAUUUCAAAUAUCAAACUUGCAUAGAAGUUUUGGAGCGGCGAACCGAUAUAAAAAUAUUUUGAUUAAAGGUUUAUUUAAAUAUAAUACAAAUAUAUAUAUAAUAGUGGUCAUAUUAUUAGGUACAUCACAAGGCGCAUUUAUUAAAGGUGGUUGCACCAGACCAACAACGUUUUGCAUGUUUGAUUGUCACGGCAAAGUAUUGUAAAAGUAGAAAACAAAAAAUUAAUUCGUUUUGCUUUAUUCUGUGCUGACAGGCACACGGACACAGCGAAAGAAAUAAAAAAAACAAAUCAGCUGAUUUACCAACAUCACCUUUAAUAGAUUCGCCGUGGUAUGAACAAAGUAUCUUACAGAUCAGAUAGAAAUACACAAACUAGAUACACAGGAAUAGACAAACUAGAUAGAAAUUCAACCGGACGCCUUGGUCAGUUAACAUAUAACUAAUAAUUAAAAGUACGUUCACAUACGCAUUAAUUACCAAUAAAUUCCCAAAAUUAAUUUACCCGUUCACAUAUGGCAGAUUACCUGCAAAAUUGACAAUCAGCUGUCAAUACUGCUGUUUUUCCUCAUAGAAAUUAUUUUGGUGGAAUAUUUUUGGUUUGUUUAAUUAUUAUUAACGAUAGCUAAUUUAGAAGGAGAAGGGAUACUAAUUUAAUAGCGCAAUUGGCUGCUAAUAAUAAACAGUUGGAGGAAAUCCUUAAAUGACGUUUACUGAGGUUUAAAAAAAAUUAUGGCAGCAAUACAUAUUUGAAAUUCAAUAUUACAUUUUAUAAUAAGUAAUAAGAGGACACACAUUUAUGGAUACACGUUUUUUUCUGUUAUAAGAAUGAAUAGUAAAUAAUACCUAACAAACAAUUUAUUAGAAUUAUGUCUAGAAACCUGUUUUCUUUGCCGGCAUCCAUUUUAUUUAGUUUUCGCUUUGACGUUUUUCUUUACACUCGUAAAAAUAAUGAACUAUUACAUAGAAAACACAGGGUUGUAUGUCAAAAAGUACCGUUAUUAUCUAGGUUUUUUUAUAGUCUCAGAUUUUGGGAGAGAAAUUUUGUAUGGGAAAUCUCACUUUUUAAUUACGGGUAGGGAGUUAAGCACGAACAAGUAGAUCAUCUACUUAUAUGUGAACGUAUUAUAAAUACCAUAAUAAAGAAAUUAAGAAUUUUUAUGAAGCGUGAUCAAGAUAAAGCACAGCCAAUAUUAGAAUUAAAUAGCUCAUUAAGUGCCCAAACUUUACGAGCAAUAGACGCAUUAUUAGCAAAUAUAGUAUUUAAGUUUUGCAAUAGAAAAGGAAACAAUUUUGAAGGCUCCUCUGCGGAACAUUCAAGCUUACCCACUCGAGUUUUUAUUAAUUUGUAAAUAACUAAUUUUUAUGUAGAUAAAGCUGUAUAACAAACUGUACACAUUUUUUGAGGAAUAUUGCGAGUACACUUUUGUUUUUGCACAUUACACGAUCAAACUAGUUUGUUCGUCUCGGGCAAUGUUGACAAAAAAAUAUCUCAAAAGAUGUGGGCGUGGCAAAGCGUAUGAUAUAUCAUGCAUAACCGUAUUCGGAGAGAUACUUCUAUGAAAAUAAAAUUACAAUAUAUACGAGUACAUAGGUUUUGAAUUUAAAUACAAAUUUUAUUUAUAAAGUGACAUAUUAUACAUCUAUACAUUUUUAAAUUUCUUAGUUAUUUGAUGAGUCAGUUACAUGAUAUUUGUACAAACAGUUAUCUGGAUGCUAUCCGAAAUUACAUUUCAUGCAUAUAAAUUUUGUACACUUGCCAUAAAAUUUCCAUCGGCGUUGAGUUUUUGAGUAAUUUACGUAGUGCUCGACUCCAUCGUAUCUAGUUUCGUUUUCUCGUUUCCUCUUCCGUGCUGAAACUGGAUGAAAUUCUAUUGGUUUUGAAAGAAUGCUUCUUGUAAGACGUCGGAUAAAUCCGAGAAGAGUUACUUUUGGAUAAGCUUUUCGAAAUAACAUCUAUAAGUUUGCAAUAGCUUCAUUUAGACAAAAUUUCCUUGAUCUAAUCCGAGUUCGGUAAGCUGCCCAUGACUGAUCGAAGUGAUAGACUCCACCCAUUCCGCAAGUAUACUCCUUGAUGAUUAUUGGUUGCUUUACAUCUUGUCUACGUUUUUGCUGCCGAUUAUAUCUUUUGCAUAGUCCUGUUGUGGUCGUUAUGUUAUCGUGUUUGCAAGCGUUUUCCGUACUUUUAGCGUCCUUAAUUAUGUGACCACUAUUAUAUUUUAACCCUAGAAAUAUAAACCUCAUAAAUUUUAUUAGUUCAAUUUAACCAAAGCAACCAUAUUGCUCUCAACAUCGUACUAGACUUGCAAUAACUGUAUUAAGAAUUCCGAAUUUGCAAGUGAAA